AGAGCUGGGGAAGGCUCCGAGAGAGAUAGGAAGCAUGGGUUUCCAGACCUGUUGAUUUUUCAUCCAAAAACAUUUAACACGUCUUAGGAACAGAUUAAAUUAUUGCCAACUUUUUAUCCGUAAUGGGGCUUCAGAGUGUAGGGGCUACUACUUAUUGGGAAUGGAAAAUCUGUAAGAGGAGAACGUGGGAAAUACCCGGAUUUAACAGAUUAUGAGAACAGUGAAUGCAGCUCAAAGAAGAGUGUUUUUAAAGACAUACAGUCAUUGGGAUUGAGAUUCACAAUGGAGGUUUCUCCAGCAACAAAGUUUAGAGAGACCUUUGUAUUUGAGGACAGGUUAGAGACACGACAAGACCUUUUCCAAGGGGAAGACCUGGGAGAUCCUUUUCUUCAGGAAAAAGGUUUGGAACAAAUGGCUGUAAUUUACAAGGAGAUCCCUCUUGGGGAGCAAGACUUGGAAUGUGAUGAUUACGAGGGGAAUUUCAGUCUCUGUUCAAGCCCUGUUCACCCUCAGAGUAUCCUCCCAGGAGUCAGACCCCAGGAUGAAGAGAUAUUUGGCCAAGCAUUUCUCAAGAAACCUGACAUCAGUGUGUGUCAGAUCAUCCAUGGUGAAGAGUCCAGUCCACAAGCUCAUGAAGAAGUGGCCAGGGGCCACUUGGGACCUAAUGCACCUCACAGAACCCCACAGCCAGCCAAGCCCUAUGCAUGUCGAGAGUGUGGGAAGGCCUUCAGCCAGAGCUCACACCUUCUGCGACACCUGGUCAUCCAUACUGGGGAGAAGCCCUACGAGUGCUGUGAGUGUGGCAAGGCCUUCAGCCAGAGCUCUCAUCUUCUCCGCCACCAGAUCAUCCACACUGGGGAGAAGCCGUAUGAGUGCCGGGAGUGUGGGAAAGCCUUCCGCCAGAGCUCAGCCCUCUCGCAACACCAGAAAAUCCACACUGGGAAGAGGCCCUAUGAAUGCAGGGAAUGUGGGAAAGAUUUCAGCCGGAGCUCCAGCCUCCGAAAACAUGAGCGAAUUCACACAGGAGAGAGACCUUAUCAGUGUAAGGAAUGUGGGAAAUCCUUCAACCAGAGUUCAGGCCUGAGCCAGCAUCGGAAAAUCCACACCCUAAAGAAACCCCACGAAUGUGAUCUCUGUGGAAAAGCCUUUUGUCAUCGGUCCCACCUCAUCCGGCACCAGCGAAUUCACACAGGGAAGAAACCUUACAAAUGUGAAGAAUGCGGAAAGGCCUUCAGCCAGAGCUCCAACCUCAUUGAACAUCGGAAGACUCACACUGGUGAAAAACCCUACAAGUGCCAUAAGUGUGGGAAGGCCUUCAGCCAGAGCUCCUCUCUUAUUGAGCACCAGCGGAUCCACACUGGGGAGAAGCCCUAUGAGUGCUGUCAGUGUGGCAAAGCCUUCUGUCACAGCUCUGCGCUGAUUCAGCACCAGCGGAUCCACACUGGCAAGAAGCCCUAUGGCUGCGAGUGUGGCAAGGCUUUCAGGCACAGGUCAGCUCUCAUCGAGCAUUAUAAAACCCACACCAGAGAGAAGCCCUACGUGUGUAAUCUGUGUGGCAAGUCCUUCCGAGGGAGCUCACACCUGAUCCGGCAUCAAAAGAUCCAUGCUGGGGAGAAGCUCUAGAAUGGGAAGCCCCACCACAGCGUGGAAGCCUUUGCCAGAUGGAGUCCAUAUCCGUGUAACUUUGUCUCUAAGACCUCACCUACCUCCCUGAUAACUUUGCUGGGUGGACAACCUCCCAUAGUGUCCUCCUGAGCAUCCUUGCUAUCAGGAAGCCCCAUGUGGCACCAAGCUCUCAACAUGCUCCUGGGUGGAAGGGAAGAGGGCCAAGGGGGUGGCGAGCCCACAAAAAGAGCUGGCUUUCAGCUUUCUUAUUCUUACAUUUGACUCCUAAGCCUACAGAUGAGAUUUUAUUUUUCCCUGUUCCUGCUUUUCUCAGUGUCUGGAAGAAGAAUAUGUCAAGGGGCAGAAAGUAGAGAAAAACCAAGGAAAUUUAGAUAUACUCUUUAAGGCAGCAGAUUGGCACUUUCAGAAGACAGAAAGCACAUCAUCUGUA